GACUUCAAGAGCCGUAUUUAGCAGCUGGCUUGCGAGGUUAACCACUUGCCGCGUAUGUUUUCAUUUUAGAUCAUUUUGUUCUAACUGUAGUUUAAAAUACGUUAGCAACGGUUUUAUACCUUGCUUUAUUGAGGUCAUAUUCGGCUUUGAAAGAUAUAUGGUGAAAGUUUGGUAAAGGUAUAUUUACUGGAAGACUGGACUAUAAAUGCUCGGCAAACAUACAAGUGUAGUUCUGGAUUAAUAUUUGUUGACAACAAACAAGUCUAUUGUAAAUAUGAGUAAAAUCUUUCGAAGAAAAGGCUUAGCAUUUCUAUCAGGACUUAUUUCACUUCUUACAGCUGCGAUUGUUGUGACGGUAUUGAUAAAUGAUCCUCAUAAACCAGAGACUCGUCCUUGGUCUUCCUGGGUUCAGGCAAACUUUACGCGCACAAUACAAGUGAACGGAGCAAGACAAGUUCUGGCGAAGACUGGAUGGACUUAUUUUGGUUUGUUCAAAGGUUACAAAGAGAAGUCAUAUUCCGGGGACUAUCAAGGAUUGAGGAAGGAAUAUUUUGAUGUGUUCAAGGAAUUCGAUGGUGUUUUUAAUCUGAAGAUCCUCUACGCUGUGAUUGGAUGCUUGGUAGUCGCUGGGAUUGUGUUAAUAAUUUGUGCUGGACUCAGUUUUUACAACGAAUUCACCAAGUCAUCAUACGUCAUCCUUGGUUCACUCGGCCUUUACGCCUUCAAUGCUCUCGCGUUUUUCUUCAUGCUGUGCGCUGUGGGCCUAUUCUCGGGGCUUUAUCAUCAACAAAUACGAAAAAACGUUCUCACAACCGAAGAACUAGACAAAGGUUUCGACAGCGAGGACAACACUUCCCUCAAGUUUUCAUUCUGGAUUCUGGUUGGUGCUUGUUUCUUACCACUGUUAAACAUGACGUUAACUUUCUUGAACAGUGCAAGAGCGAAGAGUUACUUCAACAAAACAACUACGAUACCCACCAGCAAUGUUGAUGGGAUGAUGCUUUACUAAAAAAUUAUGCAAGAAACCUGCUGGGAUGCCCUGGAUUUUUACCAGCUUCUAGUUCUGUAUUGAGGAAUCUGGAAUUGUAAAACGCUAUCUUUGAUAUUUGAAAGUAAAUGACCUUGAGUAUUUAAGACAUUUAAUAAAAUUUUAUAUUUCUUUAGCUGAAAACGAACUACACAGGCUAUAGAGUAGAGUAUAGGCUUCUAAGGGAGGACAAUGAAGAUAUCUUUUAUUGCUGCAAAAAACCCGAAAAAACAUGAUAUAAAAAUGCUUUUAUUUAAGCAAUCAUGUAAGGUAUCAUUUAGCCAUCAGUCAUGUAAUUAGUAUUUUAUAUUUAGCACUAUCUAAUCACCUUGGCACGCGUGCUUUCUGAAAGGAAAUGUUGGUAUAAUAUAUGUUACAGUUUUAUUGAUCAUUCCAGGAAUUCAACCUCAACGUUUCUACCCGCAUUCGACAGUUCGUUAAAUCACCAAAAACAUUUGGAUACCAUUCCAAAAGACAUGUUACAGGGGGAGGGACACGCUUAAACGCUUUUUCCAUGGUACCAUAAUAUCCACCCAGCUUAGUCACUGAUCUAUAUAGAACAUUGUAGUGUACCUUUUUUGCGCAUGGGUACGAUGCUGUAGCCUGGGUACGAGGCAAAAAGAAAACAAACUUUAUGAUUUGAAAAUUGAAACUUAAAGAAUGUUCACUUAAUUACUCUAAAAUGUGCUUCAAAACAACAUGUGGAAUCUGUGGCAAAAUCACUUGGAAAGGGUGUGGAAAGCAUGUUGAUCAAGUGAUGAAAGAUGUACCCAAAGCAGAACAAUGUACAUGUCCUCGAGAUAAUGUUUAACUGCAAUAAACC